AUGGGGCCCCAGGUGGAAGGAUCGAUUGAGCUGUUGGUUACCAUGGGGACAGAACCCAAACUCUCUACGGUGAUGAUGAACUUCCUGGUGGUAAAGGUGAAUUCCACGCACAAUGGAAUAUUGGGGCUACCGGGACUCAAUGCACUGCAGGCGGUGGUCUCAACCCCACACUUAGUCAUGAAAUUCCCAACUGACCACGGGGUGGGAGAAUGUCGUGGAAGCCAGGUAGCGGCCCGCCGCUGCUAUGAAGGAUACCUAAGAACCAAAGGAAAGGAGCCACAAAUGCAUCUGAUCCACUUGGAUGACAACCGAGAUAUCGGUGAGGAAGAAAGAAGUGAGCCAGCCGAGGAGCUGGUCCACGUGGAGAUAGUAGCAGGGGACGCGACGCACACCGUCCAGAUAGGCGCAGGCCUAAUUGGCAAAAGAAAAAUCGUCCUCAUAAAUUUCCUUAGAACCAAUGCAGACGUAUUUUCCUGGUCUGUUGUUGAUAUGCCUGGGAUAGAUAGGAAGAUAGUCGAACACAGACUCAGCGUCUACCCCACCGCCAAGCCAGUGUUCCAGAAGAAGAGAACCUUUGCACCGGAACGUCAAGAAAAGGUGAUUGAGGAAGUAACCAAGCUGCUUGAUGCCGGCUUUAUCGAGGAAGCUAUCUACCCAGAAUGGCUUUCUAAUGUUGUAAUGGUGCCCAAGCCGAACGGCAAAUGGCAAAUGUGUAUUGAUUUUAUAGAUUUGAAUAAAGCCUGUCCUAAAGACUACUACCCCUUACCUCGUAUUGAUUUAUUGAUAAAUGCCACGGCAGGCCAUGAAAUACUUUUUUUUAUGGAUGCCUACUCAGGGUAUAAUCAGAUUAGCAUGUAUGUACCUGAUAUAUUGAAAACUUCUUUUAUCGCGGGGAGGGAUACAUACUAUUAUAUUCGCAUGCCUUUCAGAUUAAAGAAUGCCGGAGCUUCCUACCAGCGCCUGAUAAAUUACCUUUUCAGGCACCAAAUAGGCCGUAAUGUGAAAGUUUAUGUAGAUGAUAUGUUGGUAAAAAGCUUAAAAGCAUAA